UGCAAAGUACUGCUCUGGAAAGGAAAUGUAUCGGCCAGGCUGAGUGAGCUGCGAACUGAAGUAGAGAGAGUGAGCGAGAGAAAGGAAAAGGGGAAAGAAACCUGAAACAAAGUAACAAGCAGAAGAACAUCCCGCAAGACCAUGAGAGCAGUGGCCUGCGCGCUGUUGCUGCUCUUGUAUCAAACUUGUGAGAGUGGGGCGGCGGAAUUCUCUACGGGUGGUUGUGCUUUUGACGAUGGCUUGGAAGCAUGUGAAUAUGGGCAAAAUCAGGACGAUGAUUUUGAUUGGAGGCAUGUCAGGACUGAAGAUACAUUGCAUUUGCAGCCCAAUGUACCACAAGGUUCCUUCUUGAUGGUAGAUUCUUCUCAGCAUUUUCCAGGAGAGAAAGCACGACUCUUACUUCCAGUAAUGAAAGAAAACGACACUCACUGCAUCGAUUUCAGUUACUGGUUGUACAGUAAGGAUCAUUUGAGUCCAGGGACACUGAACAUUUUUGUCCGUGUGAACAAAGGAGCUCUUGCAAAUCCCAUUUGGAAUGUGACAGGAUCUCAGGGAAAAGAAUGGCAUCGGGCUGAGCUGGCAGUUAGCACAUUCUGGCCGAAUGAGUAUCAGGUGAUCUUUGAAGCAGAUGUGUCUCGCGAGCAAAGAGGAUAUAUUGCCAUUGAUGACAUCCAGGUGCUGAGCUACCCAUGUGACAAAUCUCCUCAUUUUUUGCGACUUGGAGAUGUGGAAGUAAAUGCAGGACAAAAUGCUACAUUUCAGUGCAUCGCUACAGGCAGGGAUACAGUGAAUAACAAGCUGUGGCUGCAGAGGCGCAAUGGGGACGACAUCCCAGUUGCUCUAACGAAGAAUAUAAAUCACAGGCGGUUUGCUGCAUCCUUUAAAUUGAAAGAAGUGAAAACGAACGAACGGGAUUUGUACCGCUGUGUGACCCAGUCAGAUAGAGGAUCCGGUGUAUCGAAUUUUGCUGAGCUCAUUGUUCGAGAGCCACCCAUGCCAAUUGCACCGCCCCAGCUCAUUGGCUUUGGCCCAACGUACCUGCUAAUCCAGCUUAAUGCAAACUCAAUCAUUGGCAAUGGUCCCAUCAUUCUGAAAGAAGUGGAAUAUUCCAUGACCAGUGGAUCUUGGACAGAAAUCCAUGCUGUAAACGCAGCAAAUUACAAGCUCUGGCACUUGGAUCCAGACACGGAAUAUGAAAUCAAAGUCUUGCUGACACGGCCAGGUACAGGAGGAACAGGGCUACCGGGUCCCUCACUCAUCACCAGAACCAAAUGUGCAGAACCCAUGAGGUCACCAAAAAGUCUAAAAAUAUCAGAGAUAUAUGCCAGACAUCUUGCUAUUGAGUUGGAUUCACUGGGCUACAAUGUAACACGCUGCCACACAUUUAACAUCACCGUAUGCUAUCACUACUUCGUGGGCCACAAUGAAAGCAAAGCCCGGUGCAUGGAGAUGGAUCAAAAGGCAUCUCGCCACAUCAUUCGGAAUCUGCCACCAUACACAAACAUCAACAUCAAAAUGAUUCUGACAAAUCCAGAAGGAAGAAAAGAAAGCGAAGAGGUUAUCAUUCAGACAGAUGAAGACGUACCUGGUCCCAUACCUAGUGAUUCAUUGAAAGGAACGCCAUUUGAAGACAAAAUCUUCCUGCACUGGAGUGAACCUGUCGAAGCAAAUGGUAUCAUCACACAAUAUGAGGUCAGUUACAGCAGCAUCAGAUCAUUUGACCCUGCUGUUCAAGUGGCUGGCUCCGUCCAAACAGUGACUAAACUCUGGAACAGCACACACCACGUUUUCACCCACCUGCAUCCUGGGACCACCUACCAGUUCUUUAUUAAGGCUAGCACUGUGAAGGGGUUUGGUCCAGCUACAGUUGCCAACAUAACAACUAAUAUAUCUGCUCCAACUCUACCUGAUUAUGAAGAUGCAAUUCUUAAUGAAACAGCAACCACGAUAACUGUCAUGCUGAGACCAGCACAGGCUAAAGGUGCUCCAAUCAGUUCCUAUCAAGUUGUUGUCGAACAAGUGAAUUCCCACAGAUCUAAAAGGGAGGCAGGAAUGGCAGAGUGCUUCCAGAUUCCAGUUACCUAUCAAACGUCCGCAGCUCGAGGUUCACCAUACUAUUACGCUGCAGAUUUUCCUCCCAGCGGAAUUGCUGAACAAACCCCUUUUACAGUGGGUGACAACAAAACCUACAAUGGGUUUUGGAAUCCUCCUUUGGACCCCAGGAAAGGAUAUCACAUACACUUUCAAGCUGUGAGCAGUGUUGAAAAGGAGACAAAGACACAGUGUGUGAGGAUUGCAACAAAAGCAGCCACAACUGAAGAACCUGAGGUGAUCCCUGAUCGCAUCAAGCAAAGUGAUCGGGUGGUGAAAAUUGCUGGAAUCAGUGCCGGAAUUCUGGUUUUCAUCCUACUUCUCCUUGUUGUGGUAAUGGUCGUUAAGAGAAGGAGGAGCUACUAUUCUUAUUCUUAUUACCUUAAGCUUGCGAAGAAGCGCAAGGAUGCAGUAGGAAAUGCUCGGCAAGAGAUGACUCAUAUGGUGAAUGCAAUGGACAGGAGUUAUGCUGAUCAAAGCACGCUUCAUGCCGAUGAGCCCCUUUCCAUCACGUUUAUGGACUCGCACAACUUCAGCCCGAGAUUGCCUAAUGAUCCACUUGUACCGACUGCAGUGUUAGUGCCCAUUGCUGAUGAAAACCACACUGUGUCAGCAGAGUCAAGCAGGUUAUUGGAUGUUCCCCGCUUUCAUGGUGAGCCCACAGAGUCUCCGUACCAGACUGGCCAGCUCCACCCUGCCAUUCGGGUUGCAGACUUAUUGCAGCAUAUCAACUUGAUGAAAACAUCAGAGGGCUAUGGCUUCAAGGAGGAAUACGAGAGUUUCUUUGAAGGACAAUCUGCUUCUUGGGAUGUUGCCAAAAAAGAUCAGAACAGAACAAAAAAUCGCUAUGGAAAUAUUAUAGCCUAUGAUCAUUCCAGAGUCAUUUUACAGUCUAUCGAGGAUGAUUCUUCAGAUUACAUUAAUGCAAACUAUAUUGAUAUAUGGCUGUACAGGGAUGGGUACCACAGGCCAAGUCAUUAUAUAGCUACACAAGGACCAGUACAUGAAACUGUGUAUGACUUCUGGAGAAUGGUGUGGCAAGAACAAUCGGUUUGUAUCGUCAUGGUCACAAAUCUGGUGGAAGUUGGAAGAGUGAAGUGCUACAAAUAUUGGCCAGAUGAUAGCGAAGUUUUCGCAGAUUUCAAAGUUACAUUCGUGGAAGAUGAGCCACUUGCAGAAUAUGUCGUUCGAACAUUUACAUUAGAAAGGAGAGGAGUUGAUGAAAUUCGGGAAGUGAAACAGUUCCAUUUCACUGGCUGGCCUGAUCAUGGUGUUCCUUAUCAUGCAACUGGUCUACUGGCAUUUAUUCGUCGUGUGAAAUUCUCAAAUCCCCCCGGAGCAGGGCCAGUAGUUGUACAUUGCAGUGCUGGGGCAGGAAGAACUGGCUGUUACAUUGUUAUAGAUAUCAUGUUAGACAUGGCAGAGCGAGAAGGAGUUGUUGAUAUCUAUAACUGUGUUAAAGCUUUACGAUCAAGGCGCAUUAAUAUGGUCCAGACAGAGGAACAAUAUAUAUUCAUUCAUGAUGCUAUUUUGGAGGCUUGUCUGUGUGGGGACACAUCCAUACCAAUCUGUGAGGCCAAGCCAACGUAUUAUGAAAUGAUACGUGUUGAUUCACAGAGUAACUCCUCUCAACUUAAAGAUGAAUUUCAAACUCUCAAUUCUGUAUCUUCACAACUACAACCUGAAGACUGCAGCAUUGCUCUUCUUCCCAGGAAUCAUGAGAAGAAUCGAUACAUGGACGCACUUCCACCAGACAGAUGCCUGCCAUUUUUAAUUACCAUCGAUGGUGAAAGCAGCAACUACAUCAAUGCUGCCCUUAUGGAUAGCUAUAGACAACCAGCUGCCUUUAUAGUCACACAACAUCCUUUGCCAAACACAGUCAAAGAUUUCUGGAGACUGGUCUAUGAUUAUGGCUGCACAUCGGUAGUAAUGCUGAAUGAGCUGGAUCUUGUUCAGGGAUGCCCCCAGUAUUGGCCAGAAGAAGGAACACUUCGAUAUGGGCCAAUCCAAGUUGACUGCAUUUCUUGUUCAAUGGAUUGUGAUUUAGUAAGUCGGAUAUUCAGGAUAUGCAAUCUUACACGGCCUCAAGAAGGUUAUCUCAUGGUGCAGCAGUUCCAGUACUUGGGAUGGGCUGCUCAUAGGGAAGUACCUUCCUCGAAGCGAUCAUUUCUGAAGUUAAUUCUUCAGGUUGAUAAAUGGCAAGAAGAAUGUGAUGAAGGAGAAGGACGGACUAUUGUUCACUGUCUAAAUGGAGGAGGGCGCAGUGGGAUGUACAGUGCCAUUAACAUCAUUUGUGAAAUGAUCAAACGGCAAAGUGUGGUUGACGUUUUCCACGGAGUAAAGACACUUCGAAACAACAAGCCAAAUAUGGUAGAAAGCUUGGAUCAAUAUCGAUUCUGUUAUGAUGUUGCAUUGGAAUAUCUUGAGUCAUCUUAAGUGAUUACAUUUACAUCGGUGCAAAGUUGUGCUAAAUUUGACAGGAAAUUAUCACUGAGGCUGUGCAUGAAGCUUAUACAUUUAAAUGAGGGAUUUCUUUUAACUGGCUUCAGUAUUCUGUUAUAAAAGAGUCUUCACCAUGAUGACAAUGUAUUUGUAUGUGUCCAAGCUAUUACCAGACCGCAUUUGGUGCCAUCAUAACAAUACGGUUUGACUACAGAUUUCAUUGCUCAGUGAUACAUUAAGAAAAAACUCAGUGUUAGUCCAGAAAGGUUUUGGAUUUUUUUUCUAAUGAAAUAACAUGUAGUUCUGCAUGCACAAAUUUGUACACUGUAAUGCUACAUCUUGUUCAAAACCAAGCUCAUUUAAAAGCAGAAUUAUGUCCAGACUGCUCUGGUUAAUGAGCUAAUAUCUGGCUGGCUUAUUAAAGUUUAAAAUGGAAUCUGCAGGUUCACCCCGGUUAAUUGUAAUGCAACUUUUAUUAUAAGCCAAAGACGAGUGUAAAUAUGUCUAUAUGAAGAAAGCACAUUGUAUUUAUUGUUUGCUUGUAAACCUAUUUGGAAGCUGAACAAUCAUUUCUUACAGAAUAAGAUUUUUUUUUGAAAAUGCUUUUAAGUUCAAAUGUUUUUUAGUAGUUUACUUUUAUAUGCAGUGGUUGGUGUGGGUAACUGGUCAUAUUUUAAUUCAUGCUUAGAAUUGUUUACAUUGUGUGCUGGUUAAAUGCUAACCUAUUUGAUUAUAGAACAUUGAUAUAUUUGAGAGGCCUAUAAAUUGGGACCAAAUGCAGUUUUUGUACUCCUAUGUCAGACAUCUUGAAGUUUUGUUCUCCAAUGUGUUAGCAAACUAGUGUAAAGAAAGCUAAAUGUGACUUGCUGUCAGCUAUACUUUGUUUAGAAACCUACUUCAUGACUUCUAAUAGUUGAGGCAGUAUUAUAGAUAACUUACGAGAAAAAUGAUUAUCUUAAACAAACAAUGUGUUCUAAAACUGUCUAAAAGGUAACCUAGCAGGGCAAUCAAUGCAAGAAUAAUGCUGUUUAGUAUGAAAGAUGUAAUGAAUUAUUUGAUUGCCAUGUAUUUUCUGAGUCAUUCAAAUGCUGUAAAAAAAAUCAAGAUGUAUUUGGUUAUUGCAGAAUAAAUGAUCAAAUAAAGGCAUCGUGAAAUUUGAAGUGUUGAAGGCUUA